AUGGGUUGUACGGUGAGCGCAGAAGAUAAGGCCGCCGCGGAGAGGUCCAAAAUGAUUGACAAAAACCUGCGAGAGGAUGGCGAGAAGGCGGCCAGAGAGGUCAAGUUACUGCUACUGGGUGCUGGAGAGUCCGGGAAGAGCACCAUUGUCAAGCAGAUGAAGAUCAUUCAUGAAGACGGAUACUCAGAAGACGAGUGUAAACAGUACAGAGCUGUGGUCUACAGUAACACCAUCCAGUCCAUCAUGGCCAUCGUCAGGGCGAUGGCGUCACUCAAGAUCGACUACAGCGACGCGGCCAGACAAGACGAUGCUCGGCAGCUCUUCGUGUUGGCCGCCACAGCAGAGGAGAAGGACAUCCUGCCCGAUGACCUCGCCUGCGUGAUCCGACGACUGUGGGCCGACGCUGGGAUCCAGAGCUGCUUCACGCGCUCACGAGAGUACCAGCUCAACGACUCGGCCGCAUAUUACCUGAACGACCUGGAGAGGAUAGCCAAAGAAGACUACAUCCCCACCCAGCAGGACGUCCUCAGAACCAGGGUCAAAACCACUGGGAUCGUGGAGACUCACUUCACCUUCAAAGAGCUGCACUUCAAGAUGUUUGAUGUGGGAGGCCAGCGCUCUGAGAGGAAGAAGUGGAUCCACUGCUUCGAGGGCGUCACAGCCAUUAUCUUCUGCGUGGCUCUGAGCGCGUAUGACCUGGUGCUGGCCGAAGACGAGGAGAUGAAUCGGAUGCACGAGAGCAUGAAGCUGUUCGACUCCAUCUGCAACAACAAGUGGUUCACAGAGACGUCCAUCAUCCUCUUCCUCAACAAGAAGGACCUGUUUGAGGAGAAGAUCACACUCAGCCCACUCUCCAUCUGCUUCCCGGAGUACACCGGAGCGAACAAGUUUGACGAAGCGGCCAGUUACAUCCAGACCAAGUUUGAGGAUCUGAACAAGAAAAAGGACACAAAAGAGAUUUACACUCACUUCACCUGCGCCACCGACACCAAGAACGUGCAGACUGCGGCCUCUUCUAAAGGACAACAGCUGGCACACGGACUGCACAAGAGGCUGCGAGAACCAUGA